AUGCGCAUACAGGACAUACUCAGCGCAGCCCUCACUGGCUACACGGCCUUGUUGGGAGAUGCGAGCCUGCUCAAUUCACCGCUGGUCAGCUCGAGCCUAAAAUGGUUCGGACAUGAAAGCGAUGCGUGCGACGCUGCGAUCGCGCAAGGAUUGCAGGGCUACCAGAACAUUACGCUCAGAAGCUUCAACACGAGCUCCAAAAGCAUGGUGGAUAGGACUCACCUAGUCUAUCUGCCCAAGUCGUACGAUGGUUCGCGCAAAUUGCCCACGCUCCUUGUGAGUAAAGGGACUUGUUGUAGCGCCGAGCGAGGCGGUAUUCGAGGGACGGUUGCAGUUGCGCUCAAGAAACGUGGCAUGCUUUGCGCAACACCAAUCAGACUCUGCAUCCCACACAAGGUAAUCCACAGCAGAUCAUCGACGACUCGCACCUGGAAGCGCUGGCCGAUAGGGAAGGCAUCGUCCUGCUGUCUCCUAGGGGAGGUGUAGAGUUCGAGAUCACAGAACAUAACCCUUGGCAAGGCUGGGGCUGGACCGUUCCCUACGUUCCCUCCAUCAUCAACACGACGUACCCCGGCAGCACAGAAGACAUGGCCUACCUGCUUCAAGUGCUCCAUCACGCUCAAUCCAGCUUUUGCGUGGACAAAAGGCUCUCCUACUCCUUUGGACACAGUUGCGGAGCUAGAAUGUCCACCGCUUUGGCUUGCGAUCCCCACGCUUCCAACAGCUUCGCCGCCGUCUCGCCCGCAAACGGCAUCAGGGCAGGACCAGCGAGACCGGACUUGCAGCAACCGCAUAGGCAAGGCCAGAAAGCUUGCAGACCUAGUCACAACGUCGCCAUCGUCUCGAUUCAUGGCACAAACGACGACAUUGAUCCUUGGAACGGCAACGACAAUCCACGUGAGUGUAAGCACGCAUCUAGGGCGCCCCCCCGCGUUUUCGUCCACAAAGCAGCACUGUGCCCCAGCUUAUCGUGCGCUCUGCCGCCCUCCCGCUUUCUUCUGCACAGAAUGGGGCUACUCCGUACCCACCGCUCUGAACGUCUGGAGCGACAUUCUUCAGUGCGAAAGCCCCUCGGUGGAGCAGUUGCCCGGGCUGAAUGUCACAGUCACAAAGUCGACGUAUCAGUGCGCUGGUCCACACGGCUCUUCCUCAUCUCCUUCCGCAGCGAACAGCAUCACCCAGUUCACAGUCACCGAUGGCUGGCAUUACUGGUACAAUGACAUUGCUGGUUUCGACGAAGCUCAGACAUUGUGGGACGAAGUAAGUGGUUGAUUGUGCUGAUGAUUGCACUACCUUUAGCUAAAGUGCUCGCCGCCCUUUGGUGCCGAUUCUUGCGCAGCUCAAACAGCACUCGCUCUAGCACUUUGAGCGCGCAGUUGGCACUCUACGGUUUGGCACACGGCUCUUCCUCAUCUCCUUCCGCAGCGAACGGCAUCACCCAGUUCACAGUCACCAAUGGCUGGCAUUACUGGUACAAUGACAUUGCUGGUUUUGACGAAGCUCAGACAUUGUGGGACGAAGUAAGUGGUUGAUUGUGCUGAUGAUUGCACUACCUUUAGCUAAAGUGCGCGCCGCCCUUUGGUGCCGAUUCUUGCGCAGCUCAAACAGCACUCGCUCUAG